UUCUCUUUUCUCACACAAAAUGCAAACCGUUCAUCGUUGUUGAAAAGUUGGAUCUCCAAAUACACAGUAAUGCGGCGAUGUGUUCCCACUCAUAAUUCUUCACCCGUAGCUUUUACGUUUUCAUCUCCUUGCAGACAUCCGAUCCAUCCGCCCGUUUCACCGCUCCCAGGAAAGAGGGCGGGGAGGUUUUUGUUUUCUUUUGAGAAAUUGUAAGUCAUGGACAAGGGUAAGUACUCUGAGGAGUUGAAUGUGGCGGUUCGGGUGGUACAUAUGGCUUGUUUUCUCUGUCAAAAGGUGCAGAAGGGUUUAGCUUUUUCCAUUUCCGAUGAUGUGGUUCAGUCCAAGGACGACGAUUCCCCUGUAACCGUCGCAGAUUGGAGUGUCCAAGCAACAGUGAGUUGGAUGCUGUCUGAAAAUUUUGGUGGUGAAAAUGUGUCUAUAGUUGCUGAAGAGGAUGUUCAAACUCUUUCAAAGUCUGAAUCAGCUGGGAUACUGGAUAAAGUCAUCAGCACAGUGAAUGAAUGCUUGGCUGAAGCACCUAGGUAUGGCUUAAAGGGUCCCAGUGUAGCUCUGGAACGAUCACAAGUUCUUGAAGCUAUUAGCAGAUGCAAUUCGAGUGGUGGUCCUGUUGGCAGGCAUUGGGUGCUGGACCCUGUUGAUGGGACACUGGGGUUUGUGCGUCGGGAUCAAUAUGCUGUUGCUUUAGCACUGGUUGAUAAUGGAGAAGUUGUUGUUGGAGUGCUAGGAUGUCCUAAUUAUCCAAUGAAGGAGCAGUUUAAUAACCAAAAUCAGCAGAAUCAUACAAUGCCGGACAUAUACUGGACCUCCACGGGAAAGCAUGAGGAAGGAUGUGUCAUGUACACAAGUCGAGGUUGUGGCCGUGCUUGGAUGCAGCCACUGGUUGACACUGACAAGAAGUUUGAAUGGCCAAACUUUGCAAGAGAAAUACGGGUUUCUUCUAUUGAUGAUCCAGAACUGGCGACUAUUUGUGAGCCAGUAGAGAGAGCUAAUACAGACCAUUCCUUCACAGCUGGACUUGCUUCUUCUGUUGGGCUCAGGAAGCAGCCCUUGCGCGUCUAUAGCAUGGUGAAGUAUGCUGCCAUAGCCUGUGGAAAUGCAGAGAUUUUUAUGAAAUUUGCAAGAGCUGGAUAUAAGGAAAAGAUAUGGGAUCAUGCUGCCGGUGUUCUUCUUGUAGAGGAGGCCGGGGGUGUGGUAACCGAUGCAGGAGGACGCCCGCUUGACUUUUCAAGGGGGGUAUACCUUGAAGGUCUUGACAGGGGAAUAGUAGCUUGCUCCGGAGUGAAGCUGCAUGACGCGAUUAUUGGAGCUGUUUAUGCAAGCUGGGAAUCAUCUAAUCUAUAACCCAUUCUCUGCUCCAAUAUCAUGGCAGUGGCGCAACGCCAUCGCAGUGCUUGCAGCUCGGUAAGUGAUUUCGAUAACUUGAACAUUUCCCCGUAAACAUCUCCCACACUUUCACUGCUGAUGAGUCAUGACUAUUCUACUGCCUCAAUAAAACUGCUUGCUUUGAAAAGCAUAGUUGAAGUUCACCAAAAUGUAGUUGAUUGCAGAGAUGAACACUGUUCUGAAUCAGCGGCUAUACUCCCCCUUGUUUGAAGAAGAGAAAAUGGAAGAGAGACUGUAAAUUUUCAAGACAAUAAAAAUUUGAAAGAACCAGACCCAAUGUUGGGGGCUGGCUGUUCUAUAAUAUAUUUAAUGGUUUAACAUUAAACUUUUUGAACUUUGAUGCUAUGUUAGCAGAAGUCAAUGAGAUCCAGCACAUACUUUGAAGUGUUC